AUGGAAGCAACUCCGAUACUUUGCGACAAUAAGUCCGCAAUCGCUAUAUCAAAGAAUCCAGUAUUUCAUAGAAGAACCAAACAUAUCGACAUCAAAUAUCACUUCAUACGAGAGGAGCAAAAUAAUGAAGAGAUCGAGCUGAAAUAUUGCAAAACCGAGGAACAAGUGGCGGACAUCUUUACUAAAGCACUACCACUAGCCAAGUUUGAGACAUUGCGGAAGAAGCUUGGACACAGAGCUGCAAGUUUAGCAGAUUCAUCUCCUGCAUCCGUGCCUUUGCCUCUUUGUGUCGAGCCAAAACCAAAGAGUGGGAUCAGGCAGCAAGUUCUCCUCAAGAAAGUUGUGGAAAUCAAGCCUAAGAGGCAAAAGGUUUCUAGCCCACCAAAUGCGAAUCAAGCAACCACCAUAUACAAUAAUCAUGUGACUUCCGAAUUGAAGGCUGACCAGGUGAAGAAGCAUCCCACGCCAACAGAAGCAGAGGAUAAAAUUGAAUCGGAAAAUCCUGUAAAAAGCUUGCUGGGCAUAGCAUAUGAAAGUUCUGACAACGAGGAAGGAUCGAAGAAUGAAGAGUGGAUGCAUAUGUGCAGUUCUGCAUGCUCAGUUUUGAUGUUUACUUGAAGUAGGAAAUGUAGUACAAGACAUCGAAUUGGCACUAAAUUAUUACAUUGCCUUGAAAGCUUACCAAAUUUCCUCGCUCUGCCUCCUGGUGCAAAUGUCUUAAAAA